AACAAUGAAUUUGUCAACUGUUAAACAUGGUGUAGUGUGUUUUGUGUUCUCUCUCUGUCUACUGAUGUACAGUUGUAACCCCGCGGGAUUCUGGAAGCUCUGAUCAUCUGGACUAACAGUGACUGUGUUACAGCAGGGGAGGGGGCAGUCCUCCAGCCAGGCUCAGCCCUCACUGCGUGCGUGUCUCACUCUCGGCCAAGUUGAGAGCUCCGGCUCAAAGCCCGGUGCGCGUGUGCGCCGCAUUCCGCGCGGUCUCGCGGCGGCGGCGAGGUAGCGGAGAGGAGGAGUGUGUGUGUGCGCGUGUCUAUGCGCGCGUGUGGCGUGUAUGUAUGAGAGGGUGGGUGGACCUUUCCUCGCGCUGAUCGCAGCAGCACAGCUCGGAGACGCGCCUUACCGCGUAGGGGAGUGGAUGGCGGCAGAGGGUCAUGAAGGUAAUCACUGCCUUUGAGCGGGGUUCCGGGGGCUCUCACCACGCACGGCGCGCGCCCUGCCCAUCAAUAAUUCAUCGCGAGCAGCAGCAGCAGCAGCAUCAGCGGCAGCGGCGGCGGAGGAGCGGGAGGGCGCAGCGCGCAGCGGCUCCCGAGCUCGUGGCUUUGAAGAGCGCUCGCCGGCUCUCCGCCAUGCCCCGCUCGGCCGGCGCUUCGAGACGGGCUCACGAGGAGGACGAGGGAGGAUGAAGGAGGGAGCGGCACGGGGCGAGGCAGAGGCAGCGGAAGAGGCAGAGGCAGCGGGCUAUAAUGAAGUGGGGCGGCCGCGGGGUGUGCGCCGUGGUGGUCUCCGGCGCCCUGCUCUUCGCGUGCGCCGCCAGCGCCGCGACCGUGGGCUUCAAGUGCGUGGCGCUGGGCGCACGCGUGCGGGCGCGCUUCCACCUGGCCACGGCGGCCGGCGCCUUCUACUCGGGCAUUCUGCUGGCGAUGGGCCAGGCGCUGCUGUGCGCGGCGCUGCUGUGCUGCGGCCGGCGCGGCGGUGGAGGCGGCGGCGGCGGCGUCACGUGCGGGAAAUUCUUCCUCCUGGGCCUGCUGGUGUUCGUGCUCGGCGUGCUCACGGCCUUCUCGGGCGCAGUGGUGGACGGCGACGCCGUGGCGCUAGUGGAGCGCAAGCACGCGCGCUACUGCGCGGACGCGAGCGAAGCGGAGGCGGAGGUGCGCGACGCCUGCGACGCGCUCCGGGACUACCAGCGCGCGCUGCUCGCCUCCGCCAUCCUCAACGCGCUCGAGUGCGUCCUCGGCUUGCUCAACCUGCUGCUUGUUAAGCGCUGCCAGAACGCGCGCUUCUACCGGCGGCAGCGGCGGAGGGAGAGAUUACGGGGGUGCGCGCACAGCGGCAGCAGCGGGAUCGGUGGCGGCACCGCCGUGGGAAACCUCAUGGUGCUCAGCGCGGACGAGCGGGACCUGGCCGCGGCGCCCUCGCCGACCUUCCGCACCUACAUCAACCCGAUUCUGUGCCGCGGGGGGCCGGACGAGGGCACGACGGCAGAAGUGCACCGGGGUGGACACCCGUCCAGCGAACUUCCAGGCUACUCACCCAGCGACCCGGAGCUCAACCACUCCUACCCGUUUUCUUACCCACUGCCCAACGAGUCCCCCCCGGCCUACGAGGACAUAUUUCCCAGGGAGGCCCGGGAGCAGAGAGCGCGGACCCACACAUAGCGCUGGGACACUUUAUUUAUUAGUUAUCUCCAACGUGUGUGUGUGCGCGCGCGCGUGCGUGCGGUGACGAUCAAAAAAUCAAAAACAAAAAAACUCAACACAUCCAAAAAAACACCCAAAAGCCAUCAGCCACUAUCUCUCUCUCUUUUCCUCUUUUUCUCUGAUGGCUUAUUAAAGCUGGCUGAUUGGUUCAUGUAGGCUGUUAUUGCACUUUUUUCCUCUUGCCUCUUGGAUGUUGGCAAACGUGAUUGUGAUUAAACACAAUGAACUGGCCUUUCCAAACCAGACUGACGUGGUAAGACAGAUAUACAGAUGAUAUAUAAACAGUACAUACUGAAGAACAUAUAAAGAGGUUAUUUCACAAUUUGAUUUUUUGGACCAUGAUUUUGGAAUGAUUGCUUGGAAGGUUGAUCUAUUGGUUGGUUGGUUGAUUGGUUGGUUGACUGUACUCAAUCAUCUUAUGCUCAUGUAGUUUGUUGAUGUCAUUCCCUUGUUUUCCUUCAUUAUGCCUACGUUUAGCUCAUGAAUAAAAAGAAAAACGUUGA